AUGUCUGUAAAACAGUGGCGACAAUUUAACUUUUUUGAUGUUCAACAAGUCAAAGAUGCUAAUGAUUCAACAAAGUCACCAGAGGUUUUUCAAGUAAUUAAUUCCACCACUUCUGCAAUAAGCACUGAUCGUGAAAUAAUUCGUGGACGAGUGACGCAUAUGAAACAAAUGAAGCAAAAGAAUAUCUUGUUAACAGUCGGAGAAGUAGAUCCUCCAUUAAUAAAAAUAUGGGAUCUCGAUAAACAUGAUAAGUCUAAAGGGACUCCCAUUUGUCUGCGAACCAUCAAGGUUAGCCAUGGAGGAAAACCUUUUCCCGUAUCAACAAUUGCCGUAUUAGAGAAUUUGGGUCAAAUCGCCGUCGGUUUAGACAAUGGAGUUGUAGUGUUGAUUAAAGGCGAUCUUUCCAGGGAUCGUUAUACCAAACAAAAGGUUAUUCAUGAGAGUGAUGAACCUGUUACAGGUCUCGGAUUUAAAGAACAUAAUAAGACAAUUAUCUUAUUUAUAAUUACAACGAAUAAUGUUUUAACUUGUAUCACAACAAGCAGGAAUUCCCUUAAUGUUAUCGAUGAUCAAGGUUGUGCUUUGGGGUGUGCAGUAAUUAGUGAUACCACACACGAAAUGGUUGUCGCCAAAGACGAGGCGAUUUAUUUUUAUGGGCCUGAUGGGAGAGGAGCUUGUUUUGCUUACGAGGGCACGAAAUCUGCCGUGACAUGGUUCAAAUCAAACCUUAUUAUAGUAUCUCCACCUGCUUCACAGCCAACGCGUCUUACAACCACCACUCGUACCGGAAUAUCUCUUCAGAAUAACUCUUCGCAAAUUUCUGUUCCUUUUGAAUUAACAAAGGUUACCAUAUUUGAUACUGCAAACAAGUUUAUUGCUUAUGUGGGAACUUUCUCUCAUGGAGUACGAACAAUAUGCUGUGAAUGGGGUGGCAUUUACAUUCUCGGAAUGGACGGAAAGUUAUAUCGUCUCGAAGAAAAGGAUACGCCAACAAAACUCGAAAUCCUGUUUAAGAAAAAUUUAUAUUUGCUUGCAAUUAAUCUUGCGCACAGUCAGAAAUAUGAUGAUGCUAGUAUUUCAGAAAUUUUUAAGAAAUAUGGCGAUCAUUUAUACAGCAAGGUAGAUUAUGAUAGCGCAAUGGCUCAAUAUAUUCGUACUAUUGGACAACUUGAACCAUCAUACAUUAUUCGAAAGUUUUUGGAUGCUCAGCGUAUACACAAUCUUGUAAAUUAUCUUCAAGAAUUGCAUUCUCACGGUUUAGCAAAUUCAGACCAUACAACUUUAUUGCUCAAUUGUUAUACGAAACUUAAAGAUGUUGCGAGGCUCGACCAAUUUAUAAAGACAGAUAAUGAGCUCAAAUUUGACUUGGAGACAGCUAUCAAAGUAUGUCGACAAGCAGGAUAUUAUGAGCAUGCUGUUUAUUUAGCAAAAAAGGGUGAUGAGCAUGAUUUGUAUUUGAAAAUACAGAUCGAAGAUGUCAAAGAUUAUGAAAAUGCAUUAGAUUAUAUACGAAAUCUUGGAGCAUUUGAGGCGGAUAGAAAUUUGCAAAAAUAUGGGAAAAUUCUUCUGAAUCAUCUUCCAGAACCUACAACUAAACUUCUUAUUGAUUUAUGUACUGGUGAACUACUUGCUGCGGUACAGCGUGCGCGUACUCCUGAACCAACUGUUCCUACGGUGGUACAACAAUAUCCAAGUAGUAUGAACUAUUCCCCCGGCCUUUCAUUUUUACCAUUUGGUUCGUCAUCUUCACCAAAUGCAGCGGAAAUGCUUAGUGCUCCUAUUUCUAUAGUACAAACUAAUGCAACGGCGGUUACAACUCGUUUAAAAAAAUCUCUCGCAUAUAGGCCGCCACAAGUUCGUGUUUUUAUGUCAUUAUUUGUAGACCAACCGAAUUACUUGAUACAGUUUCUCGAAGAAGUUUCUCAAAAGCGUUGGGGCGGCUUCGGUUUUGAUCAUAAAUCUGCACAACAUAAUCAUUCUUCAGCAAAAGAACAUGUUCUCGCCGAUAAUGAUGCAGACGAGAGAGCUGAGUCCGUAAAGAGUUCUGGUGACGAACUUGAUCCAGAAAUUGAAGAGAAAAAAGCAGUGUGGAAUACAUUAUUAGAGCUUUAUCUAUCUGAGGCUUAUUUACCACCUGUGAUUUCUACUAAGGAUGCUAAAGGAAGAAAAUUUGGCGCGCCCGGUACUUUUGCCGUAUCAACAGAAACUGAACGUGUCAAAGAAAAGUUAAUUAGAAAAGAUAAAGCAUUACAGCUUUUAAAGAAUGAAUAUGUCUGUAUCUCAUAUGAUACAAAUCAAGCGCUGGUGCUCUGUUAUUUAGCACAAUUUGACGAGGGUAUUAUUUACUUGUAUGAGAAAAUGAAAAUGUACGAGGAUAUUCUAAGGUUAUAUAUGGCCAAGAAUAAUACUGAGAAAGUAAUUCAAGCAUUGAAAAAAUACGGAUCUCAAGAUCAAUCUCUUUAUCCUCUUACUUUGACAUAUUUUUCAUCUUCACCAACAAAUUUGGAAACCUCGACCCCUGAGCUUUUAAAGAUACUUGAUCACAUAGAUUCCUAUAACUUGAUGCCACCUUUACAAGUUAUACAGGCGCUCAGUAGAAAUUCUGUGGCAACAUUGGGUAUGGUUAAAGGUUAUAUGGGAAAAAGAGUUGAAUUAGAAAAAAAGGAAGCUCAGGCAGAUAGGAAAUUGAUACAGAGUUAUCGUGAGGAAACGGACAAGAAGAGAAAAGAAAUUGAUGAAUUGAAAACUGUUGCACGAAUUUUUCAAGUCACAAAAUGCACUGGAUGUCGUGGGACUCUCGACCUACCUGCCGUGCAUUUUUUAUGUCGACACUCGUAUCACCAAAGAUGUUUACCCGAUUCUGAUCGUGAAUGCCCACAAUGUAUUAUUCAACAUCGUAUGAUUUCUGAUAUAAGAAUUUCACAGGAAGAAAAUGCCGAUAAGCAUGACUUGUUUUAUGACCAGUUGAAAGAAGCAGACGAUGGCUUUAGUGUUAUCGCAGAUUAUUUUUCAAAGAAUACGAUGGCUUUUGCCAAAUUGAUUGAUUAG